AUGUCUGAUUGGGCUAUUGAAGACGAAAACGUCAAAACAUGGGCAUUGGGUUCCCAAUGUACAUUCCCUCCAGAAUGGCGUGGUAAAUGGUACCAAAGUCAACUAGAAGAUGUCCAGAUACACCUUCAUAAUAUAACUCGUAUAGGACAUUGUGUACAGAAAGAAGAUAAUAAAUACCUAUUAUUUGAUAGGCAAAAUAGUUGUUUUCGAUGUUUAGUUUUUACUCCUCGUCAUAAAAAUAUUUUACAGUAUAAAGCAGCUGGCACAUAUCAUGAUAUAUAUCACUUCAAUGCACAUGCAGAUGAACGUGCGCGCAUGCAGUUCAAAUUACAAUUACAUCAGUUACUAGGUCGUCCCUAUUAA